UUCUUUUUCAUCUGUGCGGCGAUGGACAGCAGAAGACGACGAAAAGCUGAAUGGAGCCUGGUGCGCUGACGUUGCUGGCCAACUUCGAUUCCGGUUCGAUAACAUAGACGCAGAUCGCCGAUUAACUCAAUAUUAAACAGGAUUUGAUAGCUCAUCCGACGUCUCUAAGCCCCAAGGAUACGCCGAGUUUGAAGGAUAUAAAGCUGCCAUCCCGUCUUCUGCCAAGAUGUCCUACACGCUCAUCCUCGCCGUUGUCCUUUGCCUGUGCACGCAUUUCCCCAGCGUUUUGUCAGGUGACAAGGUGAAGCUGACAGACGUGCAGCUUCUCACCUUCCGGCAGGGACUGAACACAACUGCCCGUCGCUCCCAUUCAGUGCCGCAGCUGAACUGCCGCGGCGGCAGCGCGGGUUGCCAGCAUCCGCCUGCGAUCGUCGAGUGCCACAACCGGGGAACCGACGGCCGGGACAUAGAGUGGGAAUGCCAUGCGAAUAUGAACGAAUCGCAGAAAUUAGGCAUGAUUCAAGUUAAAUGUGAAGGAUACGAUAACCUGCAAGACGAAUACGUCCUGGAGGGAUCCUGUAGCCUAGACUACACCCUGGAGAAAACAGUAUGUGAGGGCUGCUCAAAGGACGACGCGUAA